CGUUGUUCUCCGGACCGGACGGACGCUUCUUAUUGGUAGGUAGCGACAGUUACAUCACGCCGCUCGUGACGCGCACGUCUUCCUGUUUCCUUCAGCCGCAUCUUAAAGUGAAUCUUAGUGGCAGAGGAGCGCUCCAGCAUCCAGUGCUCUCAUCCAGUGCGCCUCGGAGACGCACACACGCAGUCCCUCUCUUUCUCUCUUGCACUCUCUCUAUGUCUCUCACUCUUUUAGUCACAGCAGAGGAUAGCGAGAGAGAGACCGACGCGCAAGAGCUCUUUUCAUCUUAUAUAUUUUUCCUGUUUUCGUCCUUUUGCUCGCGCUGCCGACUUUAUUCCAGCUCUUUCUUCUCUGAGAAAUUGUUUUAGUAUCCCUGCAUCCAGCAGUCCGCUGCGUUAAUUCUCUCCUUUUGACGCCGUAGGAGUUCAGGUUAUCCCCCUCUUCAUCUAAAGGGUACUCAGAGGCUUUGAUCCUAGAGGACUGGGUUUGUGGGAUAUGGCCCAAUAGCAGCAGCCCGUGAUGCCGGACCAUGACAGCGAAUCCCUCCUGAACAGACAGACCAAGCGAAGACGUGUGGACAUUGGUGUUAAGAGGACCGUGGGCAGCACAGCCUCCUCCGCAGCCUCAGCCACAACAACAACCACUGAUAACAUUGCCCGCGCCAAAGCAGCCAUUUUCAGUGCCAUGAACUCUCUGAGCUCCCACUCUCACCACGGAUCAGACAACGACUCCAUGGAGUGCUCUGUAGUGCAGCCACAUGGUGGGCCUGGCGUUGUAUCAGCCAGCGACAGUGAGUCCAAGUCCAAUGUACUCCGGAAGCUACUGAAGAGGGCCAACUCAUACGAGGACAGCAUGAUGCCCUUCCCUGGCACCACCAUUAUCUCCCAGCUUCUCAAGAAUAACAUGGCUAAAAAUGGAGGAGGACCCGAGAGGGGAGAAAGAGGCGACAGAGGUGAUAGAGGGGACAUCGUCUUCCCUGGAUCAGGACUUUCCAAUGCAAGUUCAGAUGCUCACCAGGAGGAUGCCUGCAGUAACUCCUCCCAGGACAGCACCCCUCAAGAAUGCUUGUCACCGUUUGGCCGUCCACCUGGUCUGGCCGCCUUUGAUAUUGAACGUCUCAACGAUGAACACCUGCGUGCCAAGCGAGCCAGGGUAGAAAACAUUAUACGUGGUAUGAGCCAUUCACCCAGCGUUGUGGUACCUGCUGCUUCACGUCACGAGCGUGACCAUGAGAUGGAUGGAGAUAGGGAGAUCGAGCUAGACUGUCCACCCCCUCAGUCUCAGCAACAUGCCCCAAGCAGCCCACGAGGAGGUGAGGUUUGCAGCAGUAGCAGCCGAGAGAACAAGCGUAAGCAGCGUCUUCCUCAGCAGCAACAGCAGAGCUUCACCCAGCUGGUGUGCCAGAGGAAGGAACAGAAGCAGGAGGAGCGAAGGCAACUGAAGCUUCAGCUGGAGGACAUGCAAAAGCAGCUACGUCAGCUGCAGGAGAAGUUCUUUCAGAUCUACGACUCGACUGAUGACUCGGAACACAAUGACCUCCACAAUGACAUAGGAAACAUGUCCGAGGACAGCCCAGUCAGGUCUGACACCGGCGGUGAUGACCGCGGUGGAGAUGACUUGCGCUCUGACAAUGAGAUGUCUGACCUGGACCCCGGCCAUUUCCUGGACAGGGCAAGGGCUUUGCUUCAGGAGCAAGCCCUGCUGGCAGACGGAGGGAAGCCAAGGAGAGAGGGGAUCGGCCGGAGCAAAGGAACGGGAGGUCCAGGCUCCUCCAUGCAUGCUGAAGGUAAACAACUGGCAGAAACACUGAAGCAAGAACUUAAUUCAGCCAUGACCCAAGUGGUGGACACAGUGGUUAAGGUGUUUGCCAAGCCUCCCCGCCCUUCACCCCAGCAGGCCUUUCCACCCUUAUCCAUACCUCCAGAAAGAUUCCCCACUGUUGUCAAUGGAGACAACCCCAACUUCCACACCGCUAACCAGAGGCUGCAGUGCUUUGGUGAUGUCAUCAUUCCCAAUCCACUAGACUCAUUUGCAAGCAUGCCAGGAAUGCCAGGUGCCACCAAUGACCAAACCGAGGCACUGCCCUUAGUCGUGAGGAAGACCCCCAGUGAGCACCACCACCAGUCCUCAGCUGUGGGUGCUCAUGGUGGACACCACCACCCUGCCCUUCACCCCUCCUCACUCUCUGCAUCCAUGGGCUUCAGCCCCCCAUCCUUUAGACACCCAUUUCCACUGCCUCUCAUGGGCUACCCUUUCCAGAGUCACCUCGGUGCACCUACAGGUGGCUACCCAGGAAAGGACCGUUCCUCACCAGAUUCCAUGGACCUGUCCAGGGAGACCACCAGCCUUAGGACCAAGAUGGCAUCAGGUCACCUUGGGCACCACCAUCGUUCUCUUUCACCAGCGCACCCUGGCAGCACAGCUGAGGGACUCUCCCUGUCCCUCAUCAAGUCUGAAUGCGGUGACCUCCAGGACAUGUCUGACAUCUCACCCUACUCAGGCAGCAAUAUCCAAGAGGGUCUUUCCCCUAAUCACCUGAAGAAGGCCAAGCUCAUGUUUUUCUACACUCGCUACCCAAGCUCCAAUAUGCUGAAGAUGUUCUUUUCUGAUGUCAAGUUUAACCGCUGCAUAACCUCCCAGCUGAUCAAGUGGUUCAGCAACUUCCGGGAGUUCUACUACAUCCAGAUGGAGAAGUUCGCCCGCCAGUCAAUCAACGAUGGAGUCACUGGCAACGAGGAGUUGAGCGUCAGCCGUGACUGCGAGCUCUUCCGCGCACUCAACAUGCACUACAACAAGGCCAACGACUUUGAGGUGCCUGAUCGCUUCCUAGAGGUGGCCGAGAUCACACUGAGGGAAUUCUUUAACGCCAUUGUGGCCGGCAAAGACGUGGACCCGUCCUGGAAGAAGGCCAUCUACAAGGUCAUCUGCAAACUGGACAGUGAGGUCCCUGAGAUCUUCAAGUCCCCCAAUUGUCUCCAAGAGCUUCUACACGAGUAAUUUUUUUCUCCUCCUCCUCCUCCUCGCUUGACACUUUGCGCUUUUUAAUUUUCCCUGAUUUCAUAGAAUUUCAAAAUGAUACGCUCUUUUGUUUUUUUCUUCUCUUUUCCCAAACUUUACUUUUGAUUUCCUGUUUUUUUUUUUUUUUGUUUGUUUUUUUAUGUAUGAAAGUUAUGAAGUAGCAUUCCCAAUUUGAAGCCUCUGUGGCAGUUCCUAAAUGACCUAGCUAUUGUGUUGUUGUUCCUCUAUGAUAAUUAUCAUGUUGGUUAUUAUUUGUUCUUUUUUUUUCUAUGAUUCUGAAAUGAAGAGACUCUAAUCUUACUGGGUGUUUUUUUUUGGACUGUCUGAACACUCAUCUGUUUGGCCUGUUGUUUUGAUCAACAAUAACUUAAGCAUAGGCCGGGAUCCCUAAAGACUUAACUCACGGCACCCUGAGGUGCCCCUCCAACCCACUGGACAAAUGAACUGUUCACAAAAUGCAAAGUGGGUGCCCAAUAUACUGUGCUAUUAAGGAUGUCCAUAAAAAAGGACAGUGACACACACACGCACGUGCAGACACAAAAACAAGGCCUAGUGAGGUUGUUGACUGGACUUCGACUGGACUCACGGUCCUGGGGUCUUGGGACUUGGACUGGUUUCAAAUAGGUAUUGCGCUCUACCAUGUUUUGAAGUGUGUUUUCCCUGCAAGUAGGGCAUUGUGUUAAUGGGCUGUACAUUAUUUUUUGGAUGAUUAUUAUUAUUAUUGUUAUUGUUUAUGAUUAUUAUUAUUUGUCAUCACUGCUUGCUGAAGAUUGGCACUUCAAGAUUUGUUUGUCCCUUGAUGACGUUGCAUAAAAAAAAUAAAUUAUUGCUAUCAAAUAUUAUUCCAUGAGAGUUUAGAUUCUGAAAUAUUUUAACCCCAUUUCCCCAUCCUUUUUUUUUUUUUUUUUUUUACACUUGCUUUCAGUGUCUGAAGUGGACUUGGAUUGUGUUCCAUUUGACUUUUUCUUUUGGUGGUCAGGCUCCGAAGGCAACCUGCCUGGGAAAGUGAUUCCAUUUGGGGUUUUUAAUAGAGGACCAUUGAAGUGGAGUAUAUACAACUGUAGUGACUAGCUUGUCCCAAAAUUAAACACAUGAAGUAAACGGUGCCGAAGUAUAAUAAUUAGAAAUAAUAGUAACGCAGAAGGGUGGCCUUCAGGUGCUUAACUUGCAGUUUUAAAUGGCAAAACUUACAAAGCCACUCCGGCUUUGAUUAUUAAACUGCUCCUUCUAAACUGUCGUUCUGCUAUAAAAGAAUCCCGUUUGAAUGAGAAAAAUGUUCUUCUCUUAAAGAACUGCUCUACAUAGCUCACAUGUGAGAUGAAGUCAGCCUGUAAGUAUGGCAGGCUUUCACUGCAAUAAGCCUAUACUAGAUGUAAAGUACAUUAUGAAGUUAUUUCAAUAGCAGUUAAUACUUGGACAUGUCAGAAUACUGUGGCAAUCUUAAGUACAGUAUGGCUGAAACAAUAGAUUUUAAAUACAUUAACAAGCAUCACAGAGAGAAAGAUAAUUCAAGGACGGUAAAGAAGUGGGUGAAUAGAAACCGAAAUAUAAGCUUAAUUAAUUCUCCUUCAAGAAGGAAUCCUCACCCACAUAUAAGCACGCACAGAAACACAGCUCUUUCCCUAUGUGCUCACCUGCCUGUGAGUGAUCUAGAUCUUACUGCAACAAUUCAAGGUCAAAGGUGAACCCUCACCCCAGGGGUAGCUGGAGAAGUUCUCAGCACUACAAAGAGCGGGGGACAAAAGCCCAGAGUGAGGAGCAACAUGCACCUGAAACCACUCCGUCCCUCCAUCCCAAAAACUGGCAGCUUUCAAGACCCAAUUUGAGAAACUGAUGAAGCCACUGUGCCAAGAUAGUUAAAACACCAUUCCGUUCACUUCUGAGAACCUAAUCCCAGCUGCUCCACUUGAGGUUUAAUGUAAACCCAUCAUUUUAUUAGUUUUAUCCACCCUCUAAGUUAAGAAUUGAAAAGAAGCAGUUAGCAUUAGCUUCCCUUAAAUGAGGCAAGUUUGAAGCAGUGAGAGGACUUGAACAAUUGAGCACUAGAGUGCUUGCGAGCCAACUGUUGAUCUCGCCUUGGCUACAUUAGCUUGUUGUGUGUCUGUGUGUGUGUCUGUGUGUGUGUGUGCGUGUGUGUAUGUGUGUCACAAAAGAUCAAAAGAGGCAGGUUGCUUAACCUGCUGUCUUGCCUAAGCGAGACAAAGCACCUGACAAAAGGAGGCAGAGAAAGACGGAGAGCUACUCCCUUCAUUAUGUCCCCCAGCUCCUCCGCCCCAGACAGUUUUCUUCUUAAGAUCCGGCACCCUGAGAGACUGAGCCGGACGCAUUUCUCACUGAAGGAAGGGCUAGGCCCUGCACGUUUAGAAGUCUCUAAGCACCAACCAAGGGCUUUUAAAGCACCACUAACAAAGGAGAAAGGAAAGGACACUUUUAUCUGAUGCACAGAUUAUUAUCGCUCCCCAGCCCCUCCCCCGUUUCUGAAACCCCGCCCUGAAAUUAAAGAGUUCCUGCGCCUAAAAGGAUUAAUUCAGGAUAAUGAAGACUUGUGUGGAAGAAAAAUAGAGUGGAUUAGCAAGACCUUAAUACCGCAUUGAAAAUAUUUUUGUCAAGAUAUCCUUUUCUGGUGUCGUCUGAUUUUAAGAAUAACAUUAUUGAGAUUCAUAUAUAGGCUUUUUUAAGAAUUGUAAAAGAUAAAUCUAUGGGAAAAAAAAAAUAUAUGCAGUGGAGGAAUAUCUUUGGAAGGCACUGGAAGGAAAUGUUUCAAUACAGAAAUCUUGAGGAUAUUUUUAGUGACGGCUUUGUUAAAUCUGUAUUCUGAAUAAGUGAGUUGUUGGUAGUUUUAGGAGCAAUAGUUGUAGGAUUUUUGCAGGUUUCGUGACCACUUUUUUUCCUUUUUUUUGGUUUCUUUUUGUAUUGUAUUGCUGAAUGGCUGUCCUCUUGACAUUGCAAAAUGAACUUGGAUUACAUUUUCAGAGUAUGGAAUAUUGUUGUUGCUACUGUAAAUACUGUCAGGAUGAAACAAAGAAUAGCUGUACAGUUUUUUCUAUUAUCAGUUAAAAUAAGAAGGGUGAAAAAUCUCUCGAAAAUGGAGUCAUGACCGUCUUCUAGUAAAAAACAAAGGAGAGGUUUUUUUGUUUUGUUUUUCCCCUGCCAUGCCUUUAAUGGGGUUCUGUUUCCCAUCGGCAGUGCCCUUGAAGUUGCACCAGCAUCCAUUUCUUUAAUUUUUGCUGACAGAACGAUGCAUUAGGCUAGCGGUUGGGUAGUGAUGUCAUGGAGCGGCCCGUUGGUAGUCUGUGGACCAGGUCUCAUCCAAAAAACAAGCGCAGACUGGCUCAGACUAAGCUCUAGAUUUGACCCAGGAGAGACAGGAACUCAUUGUCAUCAGAAGUGUAGUGUCAUGGAGGGGGCACAUGUACAGUAACAUUUUUUUUAAAGAGACUGCAGAUGGAAAAAAAAAAAUGAUUUAUACCCUUUUUUACCGGGUUCAAACAGUCGGGAAAAGUUUGGACUUUUAUGGAACUUCUGUAGGAUUUGCAUUGUGUGUGUGAGUGUGUUUGAGAGUGUGUGUGUGUGUGUGUGUGUUUAAAUGCAUAUGACUGUGUCUGUGUGAGAGAAAAGACCGAUUAUGAGAACCUGUGAACCAGUGAGUGACACAAUUCUCAACACUGUAGCCCCUCCCCCACCCCUGGGAGUACCAUCCUAACAUGUAAAUGAUUCUCAUUAAGCAUUGGCAAUGUGUGUUUGGUGUGUGUGUGUGUGUGUGUGUGUGUGUGUGUGUGUGUGUGUGUGUGUGUGUGUGUGUGUGUGUGUGUGUGUGUGUGUGUGUGUAUGUGUGUGUGUGUGCGAUAAUUUCCUCAGCUCUGUUUUCUGACCUGUUUGAAAAGGUUUUUGUUUCUCGAUGCUUUGAGUAGUAAUUCCUUUUUUUAUUAUUAUUAUUAUGACAUUGCUCUUUUUCCUGUAAAUAUCAAUGAUGUGGACUUACAGUGAUAAAUACUGCCUUUGUGUAACUUAGCAAUAUGUUAUGUAAAUAGUGUUUUGUUUAUGCUUUUUGUAUGACAUUAUUAUUACAUUUUAGUGCAGUAAUUCCAACUGGAACAGCCAUGUUUCAAACUAAAUGAGUAUUACACACAGGUUGUAAAAUAAAACUCACGACAUGGCUGUUUUUUUUUUUUGUUAUUGGUGUCUUUUUGUCUUGAAGAUUUUUGUGUAAUUUAUUGGUUUAAUUUAUCCUAAUUUAUUUGGUGUUGUUUUUUUCUUUUCUUUUUUUCCAAACAGGGAAGGCUGUACCACAUUUCAUUGAGUAGAACCAAUUUAAAGAUUUUAAUCCUAAUCUACUGAAAUCUUACAUUAAAAAAAAAAAGAACAUUAAAUUGAGAAACAGCAACAAUUGAGAUCUUGGCAGCUAAAUGGAACUGGACUUUAUUUUAUUUAAAUAAGGGUUGUUAUGUUUAAUUCCAAAACAGGGCCGAGGGUGGGCUUGAAAAGCCGAAACUAGUUUGAAGCAGUUUUGUAUUUUCUCUUGAGAUUUUUCCCCUUGUAUUGCUUUGGCCCAGCCCAAAAACAACCAGUAGUCAAAUUGCCUUUCGUGCCUUCACCCUCUAUGAACUGAAUGUAUGUGCAGUAUAUAUGCAAGCUUGUGCAAAAUGAAUAAAAAUUGGAAAUAAAAAUGAAUAAGAGAGUAAAA